AUGCCGGGAGACCUUAAUUCUCCAAAGGCGUCUACAUCUCCUGUGAAUUCACCACGGCGUCAAAAUACAAGUUGCGAUCCAUGCAGACGUUCCAAGCGACGCUGUGUUCUGCAGUCGGACCCAGACGGAAUUUCUGAUGCGAUUUGCGCAAAUUGCAAGCGUCUGAGACGCCAGUGUACAUUCGAGUUCGCUAUAGCGCAGUCGGGUUCUUUGCCACGCAAGCGGCAGAAGUGCAGCUAUGGGGAAAUCGGGGGAUCAACACCGCAGAACGAAUCGAACAACUUCGAUACAACAAUCGAGGGAGUCGAUGGAAGCCCGAGCAAUCGAUUUGAUGCUACCUCUGUUGCUAGCCAGGAUUUUAUGGCGGCUUGGCUGAAUCUUGACUAUGAUGAGAUUGUUGCAGAGAGCGCUUCCUUAUUUUCAACCAACCUCGACUCUUUUACUUUACCCAAUGCGCUUCAGUCUGACGACAUAGCACCAGCAGAUAGCCCGCAUGAGUGUCAACUUACGGCUAUCACCUCUAAACAGACUGGCUUGCACCGACGCCGAAACCUCAAACCAAACAAUUCCUGGCCAACCGUUAGCCUUUCGUUCAACAGUCCUAUAUACCUACUAAAUUCUGGAAUAGACGCGAAGAUAUUUGGUGAUCGCCUAGCCCGGAUUUACGAAGCAAUUGCAACUGCAAGUGCUUCGAGGUUUUUGGACUAUGACUGCAAUCUUUAUGCAACUGGGAAUCGCUACCGAUUGGGUGACAGUGAGUCAGGGAGCUCAAAUGGGUCAGCACCUGCCGGCUCCACCGUGGAUCCAACUGUUAUUUUACCUCAAUCUGCUCUUCCGACAUCAUCUCAAGCAAUGUCUUAUGAAAUCUCCUUGCUGGGAAGUGUUCGGUUCCUUGAUCAUUUGGGCGACCUCUAUGGCAAUCGACUGAAUUCGGUCGCGCGGAAGAAAUCUGAUGAGGCUUUCAAAGCAGUUCUUCGCGUAUUCUCCAUGCAAUGGUUGCCGAGUUCGCCUUCCUUUGAAGCAAGCUCAGCUUAUGGUCACUUUCCUCAGAAUUCAAUGUCUAGCGAGGCAAAAGAUGACUCUUCCUUGAACGCCUUCAUUGAUGCUUGGAUACGGGCAAGAUCACUUCUCAACGACGCACACAAUGUUCGAUCUUUCCGAGUUGUAUUUGCAACGCUCAUGUUCGUUGGGAUCGUUACACCGACUAAAAUAUUCGACAGAGAGGGCCUCGCACCAAACCACUUCCUUGACACAGCUUUGCAAACGUUAUCCUACUUGGAUGGACUUGUCACGCAAUACUGCGCAAACCUGGGGCCAUCAUCUACAUAUGGGGUCCUUGCUGAGGCAAGUUUGAACAUUGUCCGCUGGACUGCAUAUAUCCGCGAUACAGGCGCAGCGUUAGCGAUGGAUCGUCGAUGCAAACUUCCAGACCUGUGGGGUACUACAAAAGGCCUUGCAAAUAAAGAGGUCGUGGCAGCAUUGGCAGUCUCUCAAAAUAUUCUGGAAUUGGAUAUCAAUGUUCAACCCAUCUGCCGGACGGCCAUUGCAGAAAUAUUUUGUGUCUGGCGGCAGAUUAUAAACAUCAAGACUGUUGCUAAUCAGGCGCAUGGCGAUAUCAAUGAACGAUCCUCAAUAAUUAUUGGAGCGAUAAAUUUGAGCAUCGUGGCUGUCCGUGACUUCAGCGAAUCAUUUCAACCUUUCACCCGUCAGUGCAUCAGAAACUUCCAUUGUCUUUCCACAUGUCCUCGAAUAUCCCUCGUUUCCCUCGUGAUGUUCUGGAACCUUGGCAUUUUCCUUCUCGCCGAAGUCUUCAAAAAAGUAACCAAAGAACUUGAUCCUGCUGUUGAACAAGAAAUAGGGCCAGUCGUUCGGGAAUAUCAGCGCGACGCAGUCUCAUGCGUGACACAGGUAGUUGAAUGCGUACUCAACUUGCCUGCUGAGGAGGCCUUUAACCUCCAAAAUGGACUGGGCGCCGAAGUACCACUCACAGCUUACCAUGUCACUCCCAGUCUGGCUGUCACGGCCCUUCAGAAGGCUAUCGAGAGUGUGAUAGACCUGCAGCUUCACACUAAGUGUAAUGAUUCAAUAUUGGAGUAUGUACAGUUUUUGAUACCGGAUGGGAUCUGGGACCGACAAAUUGACAUGCUCAUGAAAGGACUCAUGUCGCUUGAUGUCACUAUUGGUGGGUCGCAGACCUGUGGUGUGGCCCUUAAGAGGUUGAUGCACAGACAUGGGGACGUACUCUCUGAGUGUUGGACUUCAGGGUUUGACUCAUGA